UGCCGCGAAACCAGCGAGAUAAAUUCCAGCGGCCGACUGUCUCGGCGCCUGCGCAGAUUGGGGAAGGUUCUGGAAGAUAGUGGGGCUGCCGCCAUUUUGCGGGAAGAGGAGCGGCUCCGGCUCUAGUGCUGCUUUUACUGCCGAGUCUCUGGAAGAUAGCGGUGCUUCGUGUACCCCGCCACACCCAAAGGAACAGGGGGAACCGGGACCCCCGCUGCGGGGACCCGGAACUGAUCUGCUACAAUGGCAUCCGAUGACUUUGAUAUAGUGAUUGAGGCCAUGCUGGAGGCUCCCUAUAAAAAAGAGGAGGAUGGGCAGCAAAGGAAAGAGGCUAAAAAGGACAGUCCCAGCAACACGACCAACAGCACCAGCAGCAUUGACACCAGUGGCUGUGGUACCGACGGGAGCAGCGUCACUGAUGGGACCAGUGCCACCAAUGGGAAUGGCACGAGUGGGGAGGCAAGCAAGAAGAAGAGGAGUCAGAGCCAUAGUAAAAGCAGGGAGAGAAAACGCAGUCGUAGUCGAGACCAGGAUCGUCACAGGCGGAAAAAUAGUCGGAGCCGAAGUCGAGAUCGGCAGCGUCGCCACCGCAGCCGUAGCUGGGAUCGUCGACAUAGUAGUGAGUCACGAAGUCGAGACUGGCGUCGUGAGGAUCGUGUACACUACAGGAGUCCACCGCUUGCCGCUGGGCAUAGGUAUGGACACAGUAAGAGUCCUCAUUUCAGAGAGAAGAGCCCAGUCAGGGAGCCCGUUGACAACCUGAGUCCAGAGGAGCGGGACGCCCGCACGGUGUUCUGCAUGCAGUUAGCUGCCCGCAUUCGGCCUCGAGACCUGGAGGACUUUUUCUCUGCUGUUGGCAAGGUUCGAGAUGUCCGUAUCAUCUCAGAUCGGAACUCACGUCGGUCUAAAGGCAUUGCCUAUGUAGAAUUCUGUGAGAUACAGUCUGUGCCGCUGGCCAUUGGGCUGACUGGGCAGCGGCUGCUAGGAGUGCCUAUCAUUGUACAGGCCUCACAGGCUGAGAAAAACCGCCUGGCAGCCAUGGCCAAUAAUCUGCAGAAGGGCAGUGGUGGACCAAUGCGCCUUUAUGUGGGCUCCCUACACUUCAAUAUCACCGAGGACAUGCUCCGGGGCAUCUUUGAGCCCUUUGGCAAAAUUGAUAAUAUUGUCUUGAUGAAGGACUCAGAAACAGGCCGUUCCAAAGGUUAUGGUUUUAUUACGUUCUCUGACUCAGAGUGUGCCCGACGGGCCUUGGAACAGUUGAAUGGCUUUGAGCUUGCUGGUCGACCUAUGAGGAUUGGCCACGUGACCGAGCGACCGGAUGGUGGCACAGAUAUCACUUUUCCUGAUGGAGACCAGGAGCUAGACCUGGGAUCAGUGGGUGGACAUUUGCAGCUCAUGGCCAGGUUGGCAGAAGGCUCUGGAAUCCAGCUGCCAACCACUACUGCUGCUGCCGCUGCUGUGGCCCAAGCUGCUGCUGCUCAAGCUGCUGCCCUGCAAUUGAAUGGAGCAGUUCCCCUGGGUGCCCUGAACCCAGCGGCCCUGACUGCUCUGAGUCCGGCCCUGAACCUCGCCUCCCAGGCAAUUGCCUCCCAGUGCUUCCAGCUUUCCAGCCUCUUUACCCCCCAAACCAUGUAAAUUAGUGGCUCGGUCCACUGCCUCCCUGUGCCUCUGGGUCCUGCCACUCCCUGCUCCACAUCUACCCUUCCAUGGCCCCUUCUCUCCGUUUUGUGGACCAAGCCAUUCUGAGGGCAUGAACACUGACGGUGGGGGAACUGGGGCCCCCCUUAGGCACCAAGAAGGGCUCCUACCCACCACAGCCCUGGUGGGAAUAGACUCUGCUGAUCAAAGCUGCUGAUCGAAGAGAACAGCAUCUUCAUUUGCAUUGAACAUCUGUUUCUCUGUGUUCAUCAUCUCCUGGGAUGACCUUCAUUGUCCUUCCCAACCACCUCUUACUGAUUCUUCGAGUCCUACCCCUUUGGGAAGGCCAUAGGGCAUUAACUGAGGAAACUAACUGCUCUUCUUCUGUACCUUUAUCCUGCAAUCUGUCACAGAAAUCCCCUGAAACCUCUGGUUUGUGAGGACUUUGGAGUGUGAGGGGUUGAACCUUGCUGCUACAGGGCCCUGGAAGGUAGUGCGGACGUGUGCGUUGGGAAGCCUGCCUUAGACCUCACCUUGGGGCCAGAACUGCUUCUGUGGGCUCAGGAUCUUGCUGGGAGGUGCAGGAAUAAUCUGCCAGCCAUUUUGGAUGUCUUUGGGGGCAUUCAGGAGUUUAAUGAAAGAUCGGGUACCUUUCUGGUACCAUCCAGCUUUGUGUAGUUGUCUUUUCCUUUGGCCCAGGGUGGGAGUAUGGAGGGGAGACUGCUUCUCUCCACCACUUCCCUGGGCCUCUGGAGACUGGGCUCAGGCCCAGCUGUUAAAGCCACUCUUGUCCCCUCGCUGGACACACAUGAGCCCUUCUCACUGGAUUUUAUACCCUGUGUCUGUGUACAUAAAUAUAAAUAAUAUAUAUAUAUAUAUAAACUUUGUACAAAAGGCAUGUCCCACUGUUGUGGCGGCUGCUGCCCAUAUGUGUGUGGUCUCAGUCCGUUAGUGUGUCUGUCUGAUGUUAACUUCUGAGCCAACGCCACAAAUGGUUCUUGGGAUAUAAAACAUUUGUAAUGUCA